AUGCAGGAAGAUGAGGAGCAGAUGAUUCUGGAACUGCUAAAGGAUGGGUUCAAGGACACGGAGAACCGGCUGAUCUUGUAUGUCCUGACGCGGCCCCUGGCACUGCUGCUCCUGGCCGUGGUGAGCAGUGGCCUCCGCUUCCUGCUCAACUCCUUUGUAGCGGCGCUGCUGGGGCCCGUGCUCCUCACCAUCCUGGCCCUCAAGCUGCUGCUGCGGCGCUCGCCGGACCUUGGCUGCCUGGGCGCGUAUUACCGCUCGGGGCAGCGUGGGCUCUGGGUGGCGGUGUACGACGGCGACGAUGUGUGCGGCUGCGUGGCGCUGCAGCCCUGCCCGCGGGGGGUGACCCGCACGGCUGAGCUGAGGCGCUUGGCCGUCAGCCGCUGGUACCGGCGCUCCGGCGUGGGGCGCUGCCUGGUGGCCUUCCUGGAGGCCCAGGCCCGGGCGCAGGGCUAUGAGCGUGUGGUGCUCUAUACCGCCGUGGUCACCAAGGCUGCCAUCAGCCUCUUUGAGAGCAGCGGCUACCGCCCCACUGGCGGGCGCAGCUGGCUGGGCUACACCAUCCUGCAGGAAUUCAGCAAGGAGCUCUAG